AUGGAAAAAGAAGUUCAAGAUACGACUAUUUUAGAAAAUUUAGAAUUGAUUACCUCGUUAGAAGAAAGUUUUCAUGAAGAAGCAACAGCAGUAAUACCAACAACCAAAAAUUAUAAUCAAAAUGAUAAUAGAUUUAAAUUAGACUUACAAACUAUGAAAAUAGUGAUUAUUGUGUUAUUGGAUAUUACAUUAGAACAUCCAGAUUUUGUUAAAUGUCUUGCUGUAGCCCAUCCUUAUGUUAUUAGUGGAUCAAGAGAUGAAACAAUUAGAAUUUUUGAUAUUGGAAGUGAAGAGUUGGUUGAUAUCAUUGAAGCACAUUACGAUGAAGUUUCAUGUUUAGUGGUGAAAGGAACAAUGUUGUAUUCAGGAUCAUUGGAUGGCACUAUUAGAAAAUGGUCUAUCACUGCCAAAGAUAUUGCGGAAAGAAUUAAAAAAAAUUCCAUAAAAGAUGAUGAUGAUAAAAUAUCAGAUUCCAAGCCUUCUACUACAACAACGGAUACUCAAACAUCAUCCGUUAUGACAAUGGAAGAAGAACUUGAAUUGGAAGAAUUAUUAAGAGAUGAUGAAAUUUAA